CUUCUUCUCCAUUUGCUUUUUUCCCUAAAGUUUCUCCGUCCUGGCGGCUGAGGGCUGCUGCUUCGUCCCUGGUGGCGGCUGAGGGCUGCUGCUUCGUCCCUGAUGGCGCCUGAUUGCCUGGGCGCGAUCCGCCCGUGCUUCCCAUAGCGUACUCCGUCCCUGGCGCCCCCAGUGAGGUCCGUCCGUGGCGCUCCGCCUCCCGUCGUCUUCCGUCACCACGCUCUGGUCGUAUCCCCGCCGUAGCGUCGUCCAGUGCUGCCCUGCAGACCGCACAUCUGUCCACCUGCUGUGUGGUUUGGUUCCCUCCAUGGAUUCUACCAAUCCGAACCAUAAAGAUGACGAGUUCCCAUAGAAUUCGACCGCGAACGGGACAAAUUUUGGUUCCAAUAUGUACAACCAGCUGAAGAAACCGGUUAUAUUAUGGCAAUUGAGACCUUAGAUUUAAGUACUAUUGUAAUCCGUAUGGUUCUUGCUAUUAAUUUCUAGGCAUAUGAAACAAAUACCGAUGAGCGUGCAAUUCCUAUAUAUUAAAGCUAUGUAGCUAGACGCACAGCCACAUAGGCCACGUCGUUCAAAUUUUUGUAAGCCAUCCGAUACAAGAUCGUUGGUUACCAGGCGCGGGAGCAAAGGUAGCCAACCACACGACGGGACUCUUCCAGAUGGAGACGAAACACCACAUGGCGGGGGAAGGAAAAGAGCGAUCAGAUCUCAGACGCCGUCGUCCGUCUCCGCCAAGCUGCAUCGCCUCAAACGCUUUGUCCCGGCCAUCACGCCGGCCAUGGCCGCCAUGUCGAAGAAGGCGACUCUCCAUCCCUUCCGAGUUCCGAGUUCAUGCUCCCCUCCGCCCCUGGCAUCAUGCCACGUCCCGCGGACCGUACUAUCGCCUCCACAGCCGUGGUCGCUCGGCCACACGUACCGGUCGCUUCGCCUGCCGUCGCUGUUGCGACAGCCGUGAUACCUGCCUUCAUCAGCAACACGUCCCAAACCGACUAAGCGUCCCGGGCCACCGCGAUACUUCAUUUCCGAAAUCGCUGCGGUGGCAGCAGUUAUGCCUGCCUUGCUCCAAAUAUAUAGCACUGUGAGACGAGUAGCAAAUCAAGUUGAAGCCAUCGGAAAUUGUCAAACCUCUUUUUUCUCUCUCUUUUUGGUAUGUUUUGAGUCCAUUUUGGCUGGACCUAGAAAUAAUGGCUACGAGUUGGUCCACCCUGGCUUCCAACAUAUGAAACUUCUUGCAUCUUCGUUAAAUUGUGCUAAUAUAAUGUGUGUUUC